AUGUCUCUCCUCACCAAUUAUGAGGGGCUCCGGCAUCAGAUAGAGAGGCUGGUGAGGGAAAACGAGGAACUGAAGAAGCUGGUGCGGCUCAUUCGGGAGAAUCACGAGCUCAAGUCAGCAAUCAAGACUCAAGCUGGUGGCCUCAACAUCAGCGGAUUCACCAGCGGGCUCGGCGAGGCGGUGGCAGCCUCUGCCCCCCGCCAGGGCAACAGCGUCUUCUUGCCCUCGGCCGCAGCAACAGCGAACGAGCCCACCCUGGAAGAAAUGGGGCUCACAGCCCUGGCACCCCUGGCCGACAUGCUGAGCAGCCCGCAGCCCAGCCCCCUUGUGAGCCCCCUGACAGGCCCCCUCAGCUCGCUGCUGACUGGCCCAGCCCCUGUGUCGCAGAGUACCCCCAUCUCCAGCCUCCUGAACGGGCCCGUGGCGGCGCCCACCAUGGGCACCCUGGCCAGCUCCUUGGGCAUGAUCUCCACCGGCUCUCUGACUCCAAGCAGCCCCCUGGCCGGGCCGCUGGCCGUGUCGCAGAGUGGCCCUCUGAUGGCCCCCAUGGGGGGCCCCGUGACAGUCUCUCUGAGCAGCCCCCUGCUCAGCUCCACAGCUGCCCCUAUAGGUGUCUCUCAGAACCUUCUGGCCAGCCCCAUGGGCAACCUGGUGCUGUCGGAGACCCCCAGGGUACGGCUGGCAGAGCCCCACUCCUCGGCCGCCACCCCCAAAGCCCCCCUCUCACCUCCACUUCCCUCAUCGCUAGUCCCGCUCCCUGCUGAGCACGCCCGGAUGACCCAGGACCCAGAGCCCCACAGCGUGGCGUUUGUGGGCACGCCCCUGCAGACCUCCACCCCCAUGGGCUCCGUGGCCACGCCCAUCCCCAGCACCGCCUUCUCCUUCAGCGCCUCAGACCCCCGGGCCCAGCCCGGUGCCCCCCAGGGACAGAUGGUUCCCGCUGCUGUCCCCGCCUCCCCCCAACUCCCCGUCCUCACGGGCACCACCACUCCGGCCCCCCAGCCCCCCGGUGGCUACACCUCGAGCACCACGCACGUGGCCCCCCAGUCCCCCGCCCGCGUGCAGCACUCGUCCAGCCGGCCCCUGGCCAGCCCCCACUCUCCUCCACGCAAUGCCCACUCCUCCCCGUCUCGCACCGCGUCCUCCCCGGCCUCGGUCAACGACACCCGGGCUCCCAGCACCGCGGAGCCGGCUCGGAAGAGCGUCCUGGAGUUGGAGCGGAAGCUGACCCACCGCAAGACUAGCAAGUUCCCCGACAGCUCCCGAGAGUCGAAGCAGCUGGCCUGGGAAAGGCUGGUGGGGGAGAUCGCCUUCCAGCUAGACCGCAGGAUCCUGUCCAGCAUCUUCCCUGAGCGUGUGCGCCUCUACGGCUUCACCGUGUCCAACAUUCCAGAGAAGAUCAUCCAGGCCUCGCUGAACCCCAGCGACCACAAGCUGGACGAGGAGCUGUGCCAGACACUCACCCAGCGCUACGUGAGCAUCAUGAACAGGCUGCAGAGUCUGGGCUACAACGGGAGGGUGCACCCGGCGCUGACGGAGCAGCUGGUGAACGCCUACGGCAUCCUGCGGGAGCGGCCCGAGCUGGCCGCGUCCGAGGGCGGCUCCUACACCGUGGACUUCCUGCAGCGCGUGCUGGUGGAGACUGUGCACCCCAGCAUGCUCACCGACGCCCUGCUGCUGCUCUCCUGCCUCAACCAGCUGGCACACGACGACGGCAAGCCCAUGUUCAUCUGGUGACGCCGGCAC